CAGGAUACAACAAUGGAAACUUGGUCAGUCGAUCAGGUCUGCAGUUGGUUGGUGGAGAAAAACUUAGGAGAGCUAGUUCAUAGGUUUCAAGAGGAAGAAAUAAGUGGGGCUGCUCUUCUAGCACUUAAUGAUCGGAUGAUCCAACAACUGGUGAAGAAAAUUGGACACCAGGCUGUUCUGAUGGAUUUAAUUAAAAAAUAUAAGCAGGAGAAUCAAGGACCGAAGUCUCUUGGAAGCCCUAGAGAAACAACCCUGGUCACGCAAGCAGAAGCAGCCCCAGAUGGCAGGGAUGAACAGUCCUCUGGUCCGGACAACCGUGGGCAGCAGACACCAUCUUUCUAUCCAGCCAAAACUCUUGAUAAUGGACUAAUUGACCAAAGAGUACUGAAGCAGAGAAGGAAUGUGAAACAUGUUGUGGCAAGGAAUAAAGCGCUACAAUGGACUAAGUCCUAUGUCUUACCAGAGUUUCCCUAUGACGUCAAGUGCAUGUUAGCAGAAGAGAAGUGUCCUGAUCACAGUGUGAGGAUAAGGAUCAUCGAGUUUCUCCAGGCCGACAUGACCAAGUACCUGGAAGGCUCACUAUAUCCCACCAGCCAGCAGUAUAACGAUGUGGUCAACGCCCUGCUGCAGGCCCACCCCUUCCUGGACGAGGACGGCUGUGGCUUCUUUUUAUGGAAACGAGCCCUCAAAGACCGCUUUAAAUAUGUUCGGAGACCCAUAGAAGAUGAUGAACAAGUCAUGAGAAAUAAGUGUAAAUUUGGACACCGAAGAGGCCAGACAAGGAAAUCUCUUGCUGAUAUAAGAUUGGAUGAAAUUAAAAUUGUGCAGAUAAAAGAAGAAGCUAUUUGUUUAGAUUCUGAGGUAGACGAACAUGUUCGCUGGUUCCAGCAAGAAUAUGUGAAAACAGAAAAGGAUUGGAGAGAAAUCGAUAAGAGGAUGAGCCAGACUUUGGAUCUAAGAAGAAAGCUGAUUGGGAGCAGAACGCCUCUGCAGGAUGUUCUUACGAUGUUUCCUUUCUUGAAGUGCCCUUAUCAGAUGUUCAGAGAAUUCCAACUUCUUACAAGGACAGAUAUCUAUAAGAAAACAAGGCACAUUUUGGAGUCCUAUUCAGAAAAUAUACUGACCUCUUUUUCAGUGGUGGACAAUCCAAUCUAUAUCGCAUUGCAAGAAAAAAUGAAACAGCACACAGAUGAAGACAUGUUGAAACAUAUGAAGAUGACAGCCACAUGUUUACUCCUACCAGACGUUUUUGGGGAUGACCCCAGCCUUUUUGUCAUUGUGAAUGAGAAGGUGCAAGUGUCCACGCCUGUGUUAGAAGUUAAGAACCCUUUCAACAUCGAUGUCUGUGAAUUUUCUUUGUAUUUAGAAAAAGAGAGACUCGUGAAGAUGGAUGACUGUGUUACGGCCUUGGCUGUUCUCAUAGCCGCCUUUCGUGUAUUUGGGAUUGAGUGUCCAAGAAGACUGUCCCAAACCCUCAACUUCCUAGAGACACUGAUUUUUGAUAUGCACAGUCCCUAUUUUCCUUCUGUGAAUGAACAGGAAAAGGAAGUAGGAUUUCAAUACCCAGUCGCUUAAUGAUCAUGCCAAAUGUUAUAUCUGAAUUGA